UAAGUUGAUAAAAUAAACUUGACAGGUGACAUAACUGUCCAAGACUUUGAGAUGAGAGUCGGCACCGGAAGACCACACUGGAGAAUAGUAGUACUCCAAACAAGUUAGAAAAGAGUUCAAACAAUUCCAUAUAUUGUAACAGCUGCGCCACGAAACUUUUAAAACCACUUCGCAAGAUACCAACAGCCAAUGCAGAGCGAACCGUACGAGUAUCAGUCCUCACGAAUUUGUUGACAGAUGAAAAGAAAACAGCAACACUUUUCGAACACAAGACAGCGGAUGACUUCAUUGUGCAGAGCCCUUGGCAACAGAUGAAAAGAUAUGCUCUGCCAACUCAGCGUCACAGAAACCUGCGCUGCUCUCUCGAGCGACGACGAGCAGAGCGAGCAAUGCGAUAGUUAGUUACAGAAAGAGGCUGCUGACGAACGGAGGUCACUCGCGGAAGUGGACUCAGCGAAGAACAUUCAGGCUGACGACAUUGCAUUGCUGACGAGGACCGAACGCACAAUGGAAUGUGCGCUUUAAUAAUACAUCUCUGCCGGUGGGUCACACGAACUGAAGGGAGUCGGAGUUUGACAUCCUGCGCAAUCUUACGAAGACGGAGGUCCAAGAAUGACGAUGAGUUACACCGCGGUUCAGACUCCCAGCAACGCAGACGCUCGGGAAGCGCUCCCAGUCCCAGUCCCAGUGAGUGGCCAGACGACGAAAGUCCUCCAGGCGACGUCUCCACAAGGAAAGAUGCCUCAGAUGGAAGAUGACGUCGGUCUUAAAGCCAUCGAGAAAAAAGGUGAUGCUAAGAUUCCUGACGAAGAGGUCGAACCUCCUGACGGUGGAUGGGGCUGGUUCAUUGUCUUCGCCAACACUAUCUGCACCAUGAUGAUGACCACUCAGGGGCCUUGCUUUGGAAUCUUCUACGGAGAGAGGCUUCGGGAACUGGGAGCAAACGCUGCGCUGACAACUUGGCUUUUCAAUUUUCAAUCGUUAGUUUGGAACUUAGCAGGUCCCUGGGCAGGGCUGCUGGGUAGCAAGUUCAGUUACCGUCCGGUGGCGAUGGCAGCAUCCUUCGUUGCUUCUUCAUCUGUGAUGGUGUCAUCCUGUGUCUCCGGGAAUCCGCUCUACUUCCUUCUGACGUUUUCUCUCCUCAGCGGUAUAGGAGGCGGCAUUUGCAUAAACAGCUGUUAUCACAUGUCUGCGAAAUACUUCAAGAAGCGAUUGGGUCUUGCCAAUGGGAUCAUGGUCACAGGAGGGUCUGUGGGUCUCAUAGUUAUGCCUUUGUUGGCGUCUUGGCUUCAAGAAGAGUUUUCAUUUGAAUGGGCGACAAUUAUUGCAGGUUGUGUGGUGAUGCUAACUGUCCCUGCGACUGCGCUCUUCCAUCCUGUCGAGUGGCACACGAAAGGGUUUACUCCUCAAAGCAAGGAGACAACUAGCGAUGUGACCCACAGCCUUCUGGAGACCAAAAAACAGGGAAGUAAUACUGCGUAUGAAAGUGGUCCUGUUAGAGAACGUGAAGAGCCAGAAGGAAUCUGGAAAAAGUUCCUUAACCAUUACAAGCCUUCGGUACUGCGCGACCCUUUGGUCAUCAGCACUGCUCUUCUCACCUGCGUCUCCAUCACCACAGUUCUCAAUGUCUUCUCGACUGUGCCCUUCAUCUUGAGUGACGCCGGGUACAGCCUGCGGGAAUCAGCCUGGCCCAUGUCAGUGGCCGCCUUGGCCGAUCUGGCAACACGAGCAACCUGUGCGGCUGUGGUUGACUACUCAUGGUUUAAUGUCAGGCUUCUCUAUGCCGGGGCUCAGAUCAUUACCAUUUUGGCCACAAACGCACUGGUCCCGAGUUUGGACAACUACACCAUGGUAUUGUUGACGAUGGGCUCCCUAGGAAUUGGUCUGGGAAUCAUGUACGUUCUGGAUGUCUUCAUCAUAAUAAGAGUCUUGGGCGUCGACAGAAUGCAGUCUGUGUUCGGAAUCAGCCAGCUAUUGCGCGUGUUUGCCUUCGCUACCUUAGGACCACUGGGAGGAGUCCUCCGAGAAGUCACGGGGACGUAUGACGCCUCCAUUAUCUUGUACUCCUGCAACUUGAUGCUUGGAGUGAUGCUCCUGCUCUUCACCCUCUUCUACACGCACUUCUGGACUCCAAAGAUGGACGAAAGUAAAGUUUGAUGACAAUGUGAGAAAUGUAGAAUGGCGGCAGUCAGUUUGAAGACCCAACGCAGCGUCCAAACCAAUAUAGGGAAGCCAAUAAAAGUUUCAAGACCAAAUUGGGAAUGAUGAUCAAAGUUCCGAAGCGAAAUGGAAAUUGCUAUAAAUAUUUAAAAACCAAGAGAGAAAUGGGGUCAAAGUUUCAAGACACGUGAGGAAUGAGUCAGGGUUUGCAACCAGAUUAAUAAUGGCCAUUAAAGUUUCAGUGCAAAUGUAGUCAUGACAAUCCAGGUAUCAGCACCGAGUGAGGAAUGGUGGUCAAAGUUUUAAAACCAAUGUGGAUUGUUGAUCAAAGUUUCAAACCAAGUGAAGAGUUUGGCUAGAGUGUAAAGACCAGGUGAAGCUUGCCAUUCGAGGCAUCUGUGCCAAGUGAGGACUGACGAUCAGCGUUCCAAGUGCUGUUUGCGCCUGUGAGGAAGUGUAGCUGAUGCCAUGGGUCUGCGUAAUCGAAGAUGACGAGAGCUUUUCUCGCUACUCUCCGUGAAGUGACGAUUGCGUGAUGUUCACGCGCUGGGUAGCUAAAGGGAUAGCUACGUCGGUUUAUUUAUUGAUAAUGAAUCGUAGGUUCAUCUGUAUAUAAUUAUUUAUGUCCGUGUAUGUACUACAUCUGCAGUAACAUUUCUAAUAGAUGUAUUAAGUAUAUGUAUAGACGAGUUACAACAUAUGCACUGACAUCUGGGAGAUAUGUAUGAACGUGUACUCAUUAUAUCGCCACAUAAAAAAAUAAACAUGCAGUGACAUUCAGUAGAGAACGAUUGCGUGACUGUGAGCAAAGUGAAAGUAGAUGGAAUAUGAAUAAAUCCUAUGGAUUGACUUUAGGUCAGACAAGAAGCAAAUAGUACUAGCAGAAGCGGCUGACCUCUUCGCUCAGGCAGCUACUUUCCCGCAUUUCUGUCUUGGCCUUUCCUGUGUCAUCUGUUUGACACGAAUUUCUGCCGCUGUUCGUACCGUUGUAGAACUGAUUCCAAAUGAUCAAUUAAAAUUUCUUUGACAAACACUUCGAAUGUCUCUGUGAAUGAUUCUCUGCGGGACAGAUGAAGCCAGACCAAAGACAUAAAGAAGACACGAGAGGAUGACGGGCGUCAUCUUUUCCAAUGUGCUGUUCCCUUCAGAAAUAUGUUGUAUAACCUAAGUUGUUUAUGGCAUUUCAAUAAAGCGUGCCUUUUGGACUCGCCAA